AUGUUUUAUGCUAUAAUGCUCUCGGACAACUGUCUCUCAAGCCUACCACCGACAAUAGGUGACCUUACGUGCCUUCAACGUUUAAAUCUCAGCCACAAUAAGCUAGAAGAGGUUCCUGCAAGCCUGUUUGUGCUCCCAGACUUAAGAUCAUUGCAGCUUGAUCAUAAUAAACUAAGUAGUUUGCCAGGUGAUAUGGGAAAUUUGAACGUCCUAGAGUAUUUGGAUGUAUCUCACAAUGAUCUCACAGAGUUGCCAUUAAGCAUAGGAUACUUGCAGAGACUUAGUAAGCUGAAUGCAUCUGAAAAUAAGAUAAAGGAGCUCCCAGUGGAAAUUGGGGAUUGCUUUGGCCUUGCCCAGCUUGAUCUAAACAAUAACCAGUUGACAGCUCUACCUGAGUCUCUGGGUAAUCUGCGUAAGUUAGAACAGCUGUAUGCCCGUCACAAUGCCAUCCAAGUAAUCCCUGCAUUGAACAAUUGUGUCGGUCUUAAGGAACUUCAUUUAGGAAACAACUUCAUUAAGGAAAUAGAACCAGAUCAGUUGAACUACUUGACUAGCAUCAGUGUCCUUGACCUCAGGGAUAACCAGCUUGAUAAUCUCCCAGAUCAGAUAACACUUCUUCAGGGUCUGGAACGUCUUGAUGUCACAAAUAAUAACCUGUCCACAUUACCUUAUCACCUCGGUCUGCUACCUCACUUGAAAUCUGUGCCAUUAGAGGGAAAUCCUCUAAGACUUAUAAGACGAGAUAUCGUUCAACGAGGAACCGUUCAGUUACUGAAGUAUUUAAGAUCAAGAGUUUCAGCUCCAGUGAAUUCAUUUCCUGGUUUUGAGAAUUCCCCUGCUGACACCAAUCUCUUGAUGGAAGAGAAGGCAAUCCCGGACAAGUACCAAAUGCGAACAUCACAGACAAUGAGCUAUCAUGAAAAGGCAUCAGAAAUACCAGACAAGCUAAUUGAAAAUGCAUCUGAAGCUGGAGUGCGGACAAUUGACUUGAGUAAAAAUGUUCUGACUCAAGUUCCAGAAAAGCUAGAAAUUUUGUCUGGACAUGUGUCAGAAAUCAUGCUUCCCAACAACAGAUUAACGGUGAUUCCUUCUUGGUUUGGGAAAUUUCAAAGACUCCAGUUUCUUGAUGUCCAAGGAAAUCAGCUUUCUGAUCUUCCAACAGAUCUGGCUGAGUUACUGCACUUGCGGGAAAUCAAUAUAAGUGCAAACAGAUUUGAACAGAUUCCAGCUUGUAUAUAUGAAAUGAAGCAGCUUGAAAUAUUAAUGGCUGCAGAUAACAAAAUUACUACUAUGUAUGUUGAUGGCCUUUCAAAGUUGGAACGGAUAGCUGUUUUAGAUCUUCACAAUAAUAGUAUAGACUUCAUUCCUCCAUUACUUGGAAACAUGACUCAGCUCAAAAGUCUUCAGUUAGAUGGGAAUCCAUUCCGUGUUCCCAGGAGGGCCAUCUUGGAUAAAGGAACUAGGGAAAUCCUCGACUACUUGCGGUCUCGAAUCACGAAUGAGUGAAAAUCUGUAAUUGUUGAGAUUUCAUUCAAGUUUUUUGUACUUAACAAGAAAGUUAGAGGUGCAUUAUUUAAACACAAUUCUUAAUUAAAGUAGAUGUGCUCUUCUUAUGCCACUAAUACAAUUUUUAGAAGUGGAUUUUUCAGAUCUUUAGAACUAACAGUUCCAGUGCGAAUAAGCAGUUGUUGCCAGAAUGGACUGUGAUUUUACAGUAUAAAUGUACUUAUACUUAUUCUCAUAUUUUAUCAAUUCUCUUAGUCUUAUUGAAAUUUGUGUAAUUAUAUAAUAACAUAGCAUGUCCGGAGUGAAUAAAGCCACUCACUAAAUAUCUAGUAGAGUAAGGGAAGACUGUGAUAUUGUACUUCUGACUUAACCCCAAGACUUAUCAUUCCUUUAGAUUAGACAAUAGUAGGUAGUUGUGAGUUGCAUUUAACAGUAUAAGUAUUUUACGAAGUAAGUUAUGAGGUCUUAGAAAAAUCUGGUAAAUGUACUCUAAUGAACAGUAGGCAAGUAAAGUAAAUAUAUUCCUAUGAAUGUCAGAAAAGUUUAGUGAAUGUAUUUCAGAAGGUAGCAUAGAUGCAGUGACACAGUCUAGAAUACUCGGUAAGCAUUUCAAAGUAGUGAAUUAGUAAAACCAGCAUACUCACAUUGAGAAGAAUGUUCAUGACAAUAGUUCUAUGGUAUGUUGUGCUGCACAAUAUUUAAUAUUUUAAUCCUAAUCAUAUCAGUAGAUUUGUACCGAAUUGUCAUUAAGUUUACCCUUGGUGUUCCAUAAUAAUUUAGAGCAGUUAGAUUAGCUUUGGUAUUGAGAUAAUUUGGAAUAAUUUCCUAAGGAAUUUCAUCUCAGGUCCUAAAAAAAAAAGUCCAAGGAGAUGCUGUGUUCAGUAAAAUUUGUCCCUUCAUAUCAUUGGCUCUUGGCGUGUAACGAGGGUAGUAGAAUGCUCAUUGAAAAGCAUUUGCUUUCUUAUACAGUAGCUAAUGACAGAGUCAAUGAUGCAUAUCAGAUUGGCUGUGUUACAUGUUAACAAGAAACUAAGGCUAUCAGGAUUCUUGGCAAGUUAAUUUGAAUCUGUUACUUGUUAGAAGUUUAUUAUUCUUUAAUUUAGGUUUAGGUUCAGAGUAACUUUUUAGAAUUGGAGAAAUCUUAAAUGUUUCAUUGCAACCUGGGUUGUCAAAUAUUUACUAUUAGUAAAGAUAUGGCUAGAAUAGUGUUGAAAUAUUGUGAGUAAACAGAGUUUUUUUUACAUAUUUCAUUCAUCUUGAAAGGGAAUAGAUUAAUUUUAUUCAAACUUUACUUACAACAAAUCUGUUCAUUGGAUUGAAAUCAUUCUCAUUGUUUCACAUAAAUUAUUUCAAUUCUUGAAUUAUAUUGUUAUUGAAGCAGCCAGUUACUAUCUCGAGAAUUUAGUGUGACAUUUGUUAAAAUUGGAGUCUUCAAAUAUGGAACAUUGCAAAUAUGUAACAAUUGUGUAAUUGUUGUUCUGUUCUUGUGAAGUGAAAAGUUAGAUUUGAAUAUCCAAGUUUGGCCAGUGAAGAAAUUCAGUUAUGUACUAAGUAUGCUCUAAACACAAAUAAUGCCUUCUAGAGUAUACUCUGACUUGUGUUUUUUGAAAAAAUCUGAAACACCUCAGGCCUCCUUUAACCUACUGGAAGCUUAAAUACUCUAACCAUCCAUUAAGUGCUAAUAUCUUCCUCUUAUUUCAGCUAACUGGUCUUUCUUUUAUGUGAUCUAAGUUUAUCAAUGAACAUUUUUUCCCCUUUUAAAAAUAGUGUGUAUAGAUUGCUAUUUAGUUGUAGGUUUUAAUGUUAGGGUAUGAGCAUGUUUUUUUAUGAUUAUCAGAAAUUAUCAUGUAGAUAUCUUAUAAAUUCUCUUACUUUAACUGUAUUGAAGCCUUGUUGCUUAGUAAGGUGAACAAACAAAUGUCAAAUAAUUGUUGUAAUACGUAAUGAGGAAAGCAGUAGUAGGAGUAUUAAGAUGAUAAUAGGUGAGACUUCACUCACUCACUAGGGUGAGAUCCACCUAUCGUCAAAUGCUCUUACUUCAUGGCUUUGUUUCAUCAGUAGCUGAAUUGUGUAUAGUGCUCUUCUAGACUUCCAUUCUUUUAUAAUCUUUGUUUUCAUAUUGUGGUUAUUCAGGGUUAUUGUAGGGUUUUCAAUUUCUGUAAAUAUUGAAGUUAUUUUCAUUUGAUAUUUGUUGAUUGAGAUUUUAUAUUCAACUGGUGAGCUUGUAUGCAGUUGAUGUAAUCUUUUGAACUUGUGACAUAAUUGAUCAACUCUCAUACUUUACUUCACUACAGUUUUCACCACUUAUUGAAGGACAAAUCUUUUUGUAGAACCUUUGAAAGUCUGAUGUGAGUCAUUGUUCUUGGUAAAUACAUAUAAUAAUAUGUGUCACAGCUAACUCAAUGACAUAUAGUUAGCCUACACUUGUGAUCAUCAUGGGUCCUAGACAUUAUUUCUCUGAUUUAAAAGAAAAUCAUUUUUAUGUAAGAAAACCAUGUUAAUAGAUAUUUUGGCUUCUGAAAUUAAUUACAUUUUAUUUUAUGUAGUCACGCAAACAAGCAUUUGUUCCUUUUAACCUCAUUUUUUUCCUACAACAAGUUAAGUAUAUGUUAGUUUUACCAGUCCACUGAGCUGAUUAACAGCUCUCCUAGGGCUGGCCCGAAGGAUUAGAUAUUUUAGAUGGCUAUGAACCAAUUGGUCAUCUAGCAACAGGACCUACAGCUUAUUGUGAGAUCUGAACCACAUUAUUUUUGAGAAAGGAUUUUCUAUCACCAGAAAUAAAUUCCUCUGAUUCUGUGUUGGCCGAGCUGAGAAUCGAACUUCGGACCACUGUAUUGGAAGCUGAGCUUGAAAACCACUAAUCCAACGAGCAACUUUUCCUACAACAAACUUACUAUUUAUAUUGCUUUUUUUUUUUUUUUUUUUUUUACUAUGAAUGUUCCUAGACAAGUACUCUUGACUAAAAACACAAAAGAGAAAACAAGCCAUGGAUGGGUGCUUUAUAUAUUCACAGAUCCAACAGCUUCUGUCAACCCUGUUCAUUUAUUUGUUUGUGUGUUGUAUUGUUAUGUGAUGUUAUUUCUGAGACUUUCAUCUAUGGCAAAAUUUGUGGUUUAGUUAUUUAUAUACUUUUGUUCUUUAUUAUCAUUUUCUGUUCCACUCUUAAUGUGAUAGUUUUUUCUGUUAACAUUUUUCCAAGUCGCUUUGUUGCUGUCCAAGAUGUAUUUGCCUUUACUGUUUUGCAUUAGUCUAACCAGAUGUUACAACUACAUUACAGUAGUUAUUUACUGAGGUACCAGGAAAGGGCGAUUCAUCAUUCAUCACUGGCAUCAAGCCUGAGCCAUGCUGGGAACUGCUCUAGAGCCCCUCAUAGCUGUAUCUUCUACAGAUAAGCCAAUUCUGCUUACUUGGAAUCAUACCAAGAAUCUGUGUUGGAGUCUUUAAGUAAGCAGACAGCAGAUGAACCAAAGAGACUUGCAGAUGUAUUAUAUGGUAGUAAUUCCUGGAUUUUAUCUUUGAGGAAAACUUAAACCAGCAUGUCACUUCAGUCUUCAAAAAAUCUUCAAAUGUUGACCACUGCCUAAGGCAAGGGGAGAGACUAGAUUUAUAAGAGGUCCAUCAUUUGCACCUGCAUCAGGGGAACCUUCUCCAACUACAGUACUUGGGGGAGCUGUCCAUGCAGAAUUAAAGGUAGAACACAGGUGUUGGUCAACCGCAGAUAUCCCAAGCACAAAGUUAUCUAAGGUAUAGCAUUUCUUUUAAGAUAUAUGUUCAGUAUUUGUUUACU